CAAUGGUCCUCAGACCUUCGUCGUGCAAAGUCGUUUCAAACUUUAUUCUAACGUUCUCAUCUUUAAAAAAAAAAAGUGUCGCUCUUAUUUAUUGGGCUAUAAAACGUGUGAACGAAUUUUUGGAUAACUCGCUUUUGUUUCCCAAUUGAUUUUGUUGUGAUAUCGUGAAAAAACGGGUGGAUAAAUCGUCAUGCUGAAAUUAUUCAUUGUGUGUUUAGCUCUCGCUUCUCUCGGCUAUUCGGCGCCUAGGGAUGAGAAAUGUUUGAAUUGCGUGGAAGAGCCGUCAAAGAGCAGUUUCCUGACGGCCCACUGGACGAUGCCUCUGAGUAAGCUGGGCGAGAGAAGAUACUACCUUGGCACGUUUUUCAAGGCCAAUUGGUACAAGUCAGCCAAAUUCUGCAAUUACCACGGAAUGCAGUUGGCCAGCAUUGAAAGCCAACUCGAAAAUGAUCAACUAGAGAAGCACAUCAAAGAAUUCGGUUUCGGAAACGAACACUUUUGGACGGCCGGGACCGACCAAGGCGAAGAAGGCAGCUUCUUCUGGAUGUCGACUGGACGGCCGGUCACUUUUACCAAUUGGAACGCUGGAGAACCGAACAAUUUCCGCUACGAAAAUGGCGAAGAGGAACAUUGUCUGGAACUGUGGAACCGCGACGGCAAGGGCAUGAAAUGGAACGACAGCCCGUGCUCCUUCGAAACCUAUUUCGUCUGCGAAGCACCGAUGUAGUGAUGCAAAAGAAAUCAGACAACUUGUGGAUCUUUGCCUGAUGUCAACUACUAAGCUCAAUUCAGAGCGGGACUCGUACACACUCGCAGCGUGAAUGGAUUUUUUAUCAUUACUCUGCCCCCCCCCCCUUUGUGUUUCAUUAUUCAUCGUGUUAAACACUUCAUCAACAAACAACUGUGUAGAUUGAACAGAUCGAAAGUUACCUCCAUUUUAUUUCAUUUUUUCUCGUGAGUUUCAAAUUUUUUUUUAAAGAAAAAAUAACAUAUUGUUUUUUGACAUCUGAAAUGGUUAUUAAACAAGAGUUAUUACAAUUUUUUCGCACGGAUACGUCGUAAAAAUAGAAGCGUCUCCAGCGGUUAUUUGACACACA